AUGGGUCAUUCGAUUUUGGAGAAAAUGGGAUGUUCCAACUCCAAAGCAUCGAUGAACAAGAAGAACGAGCCGCUUCAUCUAUGUAAAGAAAGGAAGAGAUUUGUCAAACAAGCCAUGGAUGCGAGAUGUGCUCUAGCCGCCGCACACGUGUCAUACACCCGUUCUCUCCGUAACAUCGGAGCUCGUCUCCGUCAAUACGCAGAGGCGGAGACGGUGCCUGAGGAUUCAUCUCCGUCGCUAACCGCCACAGAGCCUGAAAAGUCCCCUUCUCACGACUCGGUUGACUCGCCGCUGAGUCACAACUCGACUCCUAACCCUAACCCUAAACCCAUUUUGAAUGUAAGCUACAUGAAGACGGAGACUGGUAAUUCGACAGUGACGUUCACGAUUAAUCCCAUGAGCGACGGUGAAGACGAUUUGGAAGAGACAAUGCCGGUGUCAUCUCCUCCUCCUCCGCCGCGUCCUCGCCGGCCAGAGACGUCUUCUUGGGACUAUUUCGACACUAGUGAUGACUUUAGAUUUGUUGAGAGUGAUUGUGACGCAUCAGUUAUAGGAUUAGAUAAGUGUAGACAAGGGAAUGCUGCGAAAUGUAGGUCAGAACAGAGGAAACAGAGCUGUGAAGAUGAAGAAGCUGGAAAUGGUGAAAGAGAAGAUCCGUCAGAGUUUAUCACACACAGAGCUAAAGACUUUGUGUCGAGCAUGAAAGAUAUAGAACAUAAGUUCUUUAGAGCUUCAGAGUCCGGAAAAGAAGUUUCAAGGAUGCUCGAAGCUAACAAAAUCAGAGUCGGAUUCGCUGAUAUGACAGGAAAGGGAAGUUCAAUAGCGUUUUUUGCAGCUCUUAAGCGAGCUUGUUGUAGAGAGAAGAGUUAUUCACCACUUUCUUCUCAAGAGCCAUUGAGUCACCAAGUUACUAAAGUGAUUGUGUGGAAGAGAACAUCGUCUUCAAGAUCCUCAACUUCUAGACAUCCAUUGAUCCAAACAUCAAAAGAAGAUCAUGACGACGAGAGCGGAAGUGAUUUCAUGGAAGAGUUUUGUAUGAUCUCAGGAAGUCACUCUUCUUCGCUUGAUCGAUUAUACGCUUGGGAGAGAAAACUCUAUGAUGAAGUCAAGGCGAGUGAGAUGAUUAGGAAAGAGUAUGAUCGAAAAUGCGAGCUGUUAAGGUACCAAUUCGCAAAGGACUACAGUGCUAAAUCAAUGGAUAAGACAAGAGCAGCUGCUAAAGAUCUUCAUUCAAGAAUCAGAGUGGCGAUUCAGUCCGUUGAUUCGAUAUCAAAGCGGAUUGAGAGAAUCAGAGACGAAGAGCUCCAGCCUCAGCUCUUGGAGUUUCUUCAAGGGUUGAUAAGAAUGUGGAAAGCAAUGCUUGAAUGUCAUCAUUCACAGUACAUAACGAUUUCGCUGGCUUACCAUUGUCGAAACUCUACCAAAACCGCGCCGGAAAACGCUCUCCGGCGACGGAUUUCGUCGGAGCUUCUAGAAGAAACAGAGUGUUUUGGUCUGAGCUUUGCGGAUUUGGUCAACAGUAUGGCUACUUACGUGGAAGCUCUCAACGGUUGGCUUCACAACUGUGUUCUGCUUCCUCAAGAGCGUUCCGCAAGAAACCGAAGACCGUGGUCCCCACGCCGUGUCUUGGCCCCACCGAUAUUUGUCCUGUGUCGUGAUUGGUCGGCUGGGAUCAAAUCUCUGCCGUCGGAUGAACUAAGUGGCUCGAUCAAAGAAUUCUCGUUGGAUAUGGAGAUGUUGUGCGAGGAGAAAGGUGGUGGUUCGGUGGUUGUUUCGGAUGCGUCGAGUGUGCAUUCGAGUUUGGCGAAGCUUCUUGAGAGAUUGAAGAAGUUUUCGGAAGCUUCUUUGAAAAUGUACGAAGAUGUCAAGGUGAAAUGUGAAGCAGCUAGAGUUGCUUACACUAAUAGUUCUACUUCUAACUCUGUUGGACCAAUUAGGUACUAA